AUGAUUAACGUUCCACACAUCAGCGAACAACACACCACACAGUUUACUUCUGCUGCACAGUUCAUCAUGAUGAACCAUGUUUCAAACGUCAACGCUGAUAUUCCUAUUACCAUUGCUCAUUGUGCCGUUUUAUUAGCACUGUUUGCAUCAUAUGAAACAUUUGCUGCUGAAGAUGCUGCUAAGCAUAUAGAUGAUAUAAAAACCAAUUCACGCCUUGUGGCAUCGGCCAAUGACAGUGCCAUGAACAGAGACCUUCAGAACUAUAUAAAUUCUACAAGUUCUUACACUUCCACCAUGACCUUGCCUCAAAUAUCCCUUCCUGGAAAAGAUCCAGUUCCUGGAAAAGAUCCACUUCCUGGAAAUGAUAACAUGGAUUUUGUUUUAAGACAUAUGCAACAACCUCUGCCGCGUAGCCUCUGGGAUGACGUCAAGGACCUCUUCAACGACUUCGAAAGUGACGUAGUAGCAAUAGAUUUUCUAUACUGUGGACCUACUUGCAGAUUCAAAACUGGACUGAAGCGCUCUAGAAAAAAAGGACAAUGUGAUGACUGCAGCUGUAGUGAGAACUGCCAGCAAAGUGGAGACUGCUGUCCCGAUCUUGUUCUUCUGUACAACCAAACCCAUCAGAGAGAAAAGUAUCCGGGAUGCAUAGGAGAUGAGAUACCUUUGACUAAAGACACCAAAUCCUACCUGAUAAUAAAUUGGUGUCCUAAGUAUUAUAACGUGACACAUUUAAAAAUGGCUUGUGAAGAACCACCAUACACAGACUGGUCAAGUGUUGUUCCACACUUUAACAUAGACUCGGGCACGUCGUUCAGGAACAGCUACUGUGCCCAGUGUCAUGGACAGAACAACACCCGCAGCUGGUCUACGUCAAUCUCUUGUUCCUCUUUCGACAACGCACUGCAUGAGGCGGAUUCACUAUUGGUGCUAUUCAAUGCUACAGUGAAAAGCAAAGUAUGUAGCAUUCAUUUUGCUCCACCGUCUUUGGACACGCAGACUUGCAAAGCAAGGCAGGGUGCUGUUAUAGAUAGUUGUAAUGUCACUGGCAAAUGGCGAUUUUAUGACAAGAACAUCGCAAAAGCUUGUUCUAUGUUCUCACACGUUGUGAAUGGAACAUACAGGAAUGUGUUCUGUUACUUGUGUAAUACAGAUCUAGAUUGGCAUUCAAUCUUAAGGCAGACAGUUUCAGAUAAAAGCAAGCAAGUGAUGACAGCGACUCUGACAGCUCUGAUUGAUUUUAGCAACACUUUGGAAUCCCAGCAUCGCGGGUAUUCACAGGAUGAGAUUACGCCAAAUCUAAACAGUAGUAAAUGGUUGGUUGCAUAUUUGAAACAGUGUUCAAAUCUGUCAGUCACAUGUGCAGAAGGCAAACAUCUGGAUAAGGACCAAUGUCGCAGUGUGUUCUCCUCGUCCAACAUGUACGGGUACCGUGUGUGUUUCCAGAUCAACAUCUCGAUCACCAACCAGCUGACAUCAACCAGAGAUCUACAUAUGUUGUUUUUUAACCACUACCCUGGAAUAAACCGUAGAGUCAUACAGCUGACUAACAUAACGUCAUAUGUUCUGCAAAUGCAAAACUGCCCUGACAAAACUAUGUACGUGGUGGUGCGCUACAUGAUGUCAUUUUUUUCAAUGAGUUACCUAAAAAGAGAUCAAUUUGAAAGAGAACUUAUGGGUGACACGAUCAUAAAGACAAACUCUAGCGUUUAUAUUAGGUACCAAGAAGGGUGUAAUACAGAAUCAGUGUCAGCAUUAAAGAAAGGCGAUGAGCAUCACUGUUCUAUGCAGUUUCACACGUUUGUCCUCAAUGAACGAUAUCCAACAGGCGAUUAUGACGUGAAAAUACAAAAAGGUGCGAAAUACCUUCAGCUGAAUAAGCAGCUUGGUUGUCCAAGAGUCAUCCUGAAUGCUUCACAUUAUAGUAUCAAUUACCAUAACAGCACGUCUAAUACUAAUACGAACAAAGUCUUCACAUUUCCAGUUUUAGUUCUUCUGAAAACCCGGGCCAUACUGAAAGAUGAAGAUUUCCAGGAGCUGGAUAAUAGAACUGUUAUCGUCUGCCUCGAUGACUAUAUGAACGCUACUUUACAAAUGACUGUUCCAUGUAUCAACGAACGUCUCGUGACGCAGACAACAAUUCUUGGUGUUUUGUCCUUUGUUUGUACCUCAGUGUCGUUAUUAUUUUUAGCCAUAACGUUUUUGACAUAUUGCCUUUUUCCUAGUAUGCGAACAAUAGGGGGAGUCUGUAACAUGGCACUGGUAGCUACAAUGUUUGCAGCACAAUCAUUUUAUGAAUUUGGAGUGGAGCAAAACGAAGAUGUCAUUGGUUGUCAAAUAAUUGGGAUGCUCAUUCAUUUCCUUUGGCUGGCAGCUGUGUUUUGGAUGAACGCGUGUACGUUUUUGCUUUUUCUCAAAUUAUCAUUCCCACUUAAAUGUAGAAAUUUUGGUCACAAUCUUAUACAAAUAUUUUCCUUUUCUGCCCUGUAUGUCAAUGGGUCCUCUGCUGUAAUUGUGUGCUUAAAUAUAAUUUUAAACAUUGCUUUCCUGGGUGUUACUGGAUACGGGGGUAAUAUCUGUUACCUUAAUACAAUGUUUUCUACGAUAUAUUUAUUUAAGGUCCCAAUGGGAAUACUGAUCAUCAUAAAUAUUUGUCUGUUUACCUUUACAAUUUGUAGAAUACGUCACCAUGAUUCGGUAACCAGUACACGGGAGAGUAAGAUCAAUUUAUUUUCGUGUAUUAAGUUAUCCGUCAUCACUGGACUGGUGUGGCUGUCAUCAUAUCUGUAUGAAAUAUUCCACAUCACAGCGUUUGCCUACAUCUUUACAAUCCUUGUCGGUUCACAAGGCAUCUUUUUCUUUUUCGCUAUUGUAAUGAAUAGGAAAUGUACUGUCGCUCUGGAGAAGCUGCCUUUUACGAAAACCAAAAAACGCCAUUAAAAAACAAAAAGAUCAAAACAAUACUUCGUCGUCAAAAGACCAAACGAGUUUGAGUAUGAUAUCACUAAAUGAUACUAAUGAAUUUGGAGUACGUCCAAAGUUACAACUUGAGUCUUUGUAGCAUAAGGAUAAACACUUUUAUACGGAUCUCGGUACUUGUUAAUUUAAGAUGAUAUGGUUUCUGUUAAAGUUUUAAAUACCACCUUUACAAAUGUUUAAGUAAAUAAAACUAUUAUGACAGUUGCAUCGUUUUAAGGAUUGACUGUUAUUUCUUUUACGUUCAUCGAGGUAUGAACAAAACAAAUCAUGCGCAAA